UUUUUUCAUAUUCUCAUUUUAGUCGUAAUAUAGGCAUAGUAAAUUGGUGUAUUCGAACAUUAUUUGCCUUUAUAUCCAGUUUAAAUUAAAUAUUUUAUGUCUCAAUAAUUAAAUCUCAAUGCUUUGAGAUAAAAAUUGCAUUAAUAAAGUAAUGGAUGAAAGUGCACAAGACUCGAAAUUGACUAGAGUCACAGAUGACCCAUUAAGCAAGUCAAGUGUUCCAGAUAAUAAUAAAAAAGAAUGGGUUAAAUUUGAUGAUGAAGAAAAAGUUAAAAGUGAUGUACAAAAUGAAAAGGAGAAUAUAAUAAUAAAAACUUCUACAGUAUUACCAAAUGAGUCAUCUCACGGUAUUGAAAAUGGUGCUUCUAAGAAUUCAGAUAUUAGAUAUAAUGAGACUAAAAGUUUUAAAUCUACGGGUGAAAUUUCACAGCCAGCUAUUAUUGAGGUGCCUAUAAACAAUGUGUUGAGUAAUGUCGAGUUACCAAAAAGGAGGGAGCAUCAGCAAAAUGAGGGAUUCAAUAAUGGCGAUAUAAUCGUUACCUUGCUGCCUGUGAAUGAAAGCUUUCCGUGGGUAGUACCUGCAAAAUUCAGACCAGAAUUGGUUCCAGAAGAACUAAUGGCUCAAGGUCUAACGUUAACUGUUGAGGAAUAUGUGCAUGCUUUGGAGAUGUUAGUAAAUGAUUACAGGUUUACACUAUACAAUAUUUGUUAUAAAAGAAUUCUAAUGCUUUGGAUUAUGAUAGCAUUUGUUGUAUUGCUUGCGCUUCUGUUUUCUGGAAUAACCGGAAUCCUUCUAUUUUCGCUUGGUGUUUCAUGGCUGUUUUUAAAUGCAAUGGCAAUAUUUUUGUGCAUGUGGUUGAAGCUUCAGUUGGCUAGAGGACUCGAAAAGUGCUUGGCAAGAGUCAAUAAAUUACUGCUAAGGCACAAAAUUAUUAUUGCAUUGGACGACAGAGGAAAUAUCUCCUGUCAUAAGGUCCAUUUAUGUUUCAUUUACUUUGAAGCUGCACAAUGUAUCAGCUAUAUAAACAACUUUUUGGAAAGAAGAGAAGUAAAUGGACAGACCGUUGAGCCUGGUUGGGAAUCUCGCCUCGAUAUAGAGUCAAAUGACAUCAUAAUUCAGGGAAAUAGUAGCACACGACUAUCUCGAAAGCAGGUCAUUUCUGAACAAAUUCUUUUGAGAUAUUUACAAUUGUGGGGAAAGGAUUACUUAAGACAUCGACUUGAUUGGAUGAGAAGUGAUGAUGAUAGAAUUAAUCCUGCUCCAAGACAUCUUAGUAAAUCUUAUUGUCCCUGUCAAUAUGUUGAAGAAAUAUUCUUGAUUAAAGAAUCAUCAAAACGUGAAAAUUCAGCAUCAUGCUGUGCUUCGCUCGGUAACCGAAUGGAAAGUGUUGGAUUUAAGUGCUGUUAGGAAUAUUGAG